CCCAUCAAGGGACCCGUCCGGGGUCUGCAAGCCCCUUUCCCCGCCCACCCAUCAUCUGGCCGCGCAUGCGCUGCGCGGGCGGGCCAGAGAGUUGUCGGCUAGGAAAUGGCGGCCGCAGGGUUGGUGGCUGUGGCCACGGCUGCAGAGUACUCUGGCCCGGGAACGUCGGGAGGUAACCUCUCCGUUGUUAACUGCGGCCCAAACUCCGGCACAGGCCCUGGUCCCGGCCCGGGCUCGUGGAGCCGCUCCCUCGACCGAGCGCUGGAGGAGGCGGCGGUAACCGGGGUGCUGAGCCUGAGCGGCCGGAAACUGAGGGAGUUUCCCCGGGGAGCGGCCAACCACGACCUGACGGACACCACCCGUGCGGAUCUAUCACGAAAUCGCCUCUCGGAAAUUCCCAUAGAAGCAUGUCACUUCGUUUCUCUUGAGAGUCUCAAUUUAUACCAAAAUUGUAUUCGGUAUAUACCAGAGGCAAUUCUAAACCUGCAAGCUCUAACGUUCUUAAAUAUUAGUCGGAACCAGCUGUCUACAUUGCCAGUACACUUGUGUAAUUUACCACUGAAAGUCUUAAUUGCUAGUAAUAACAAAUUGGUCUCACUUCCAGAAGAAAUUGGACACCUCAGACAUUUAACGGAACUUGAUGUGAGCUGCAAUGAAAUUCAAACAAUACCUUCCCAAAUUGGUAAUUUGGAGGCCUUGAGAGACCUUAAUGUAAGAAGAAAUCACUUAGUACGUUUGCCUGAAGAGUUAGCAGAGUUGCCUUUGAUACGGUUAGACUUUUCCUGCAAUAAAAUUACAACAAUCCCUGUUUGUUAUCGGAAUCUCAGGCACCUACAGAUGAUCACCCUAGAUAACAACCCACUACAAUCCCCUCCUGCACAGAUAUGUAUAAAAGGCAAAGUCCACAUAUUUAAAUACCUGAACAUACAGGCUUGUAAGAUUGCUCCAGAUCUGCCAGAUUAUGAUAGGAGACCCAUGGGUUUUGGCUCCUGCCAUGAAGAACUGUACUCAGGUCGCCCCUAUGGAGCCCUUGAUUCAGGUUUCAAUAGUGUGGACAGUGGUGAUAAGAGAUGGUCAGGGAAUGAACCUACAGAUGAAUUUUCAGAUCUGCCUCUUAGAGUAGCAGAAAUUACUAAAGAACAAAGACUACGAAGAGAAAGCCAGUACCAGGAGAAUCGCAGCAGUUUAGUAGUGACAAAUGGUGGAGUGGAACAUGAUCUGGAUCAGAUUGACUACAUUGACAGCUGUACUGCAGAGGAAGAAGAGGAUGAGGUGAGACCACCCAAGGGCUUGGACUCAGACAGCCUCAGUUCACAGUUUAUGGCAUAUAUUGAACAACGGAGAAUCUCUCAUGAGGGUUCACCAGUAAAGCCAGUGCCCAUGAGGGAGUUUCAAAAAUCAGAAGACAUGAGAAGAUAUUCACAUCAAAGCAGGGUUCCAGUUGAGCCAUCUUCUCUCUUGUCACUAUCACCAAGUCACAAUCAGUUUUCACAUACAGACUUAGAACUUCAUCGAAGAAGAGAACAGUUAGUAGAACGUACUAGGAGAGAGGCACAGCUUGCUGCCCUGCAGUAUGAGGAGGAGAAAAUAAGGACCAAGCAGAUUCAGAGAGAUGCUGUCUUGGACUUUGUCAAGCAAAAAGCAACCCAAAGUCCACAAAAACAACAAUCCCCCUUAGAUGGUGAGUGUCCCUUCCCAUCCAGAAGGUCUCAGCACACUGAUGAUAGUGCCUUGUUAGUGUCGCUGUCAGGGGUGAAUCAAGUGGGCUGUGCUACUACCCUGCCUCAUUCUUCUGCCAUCAGGCCUAUUAAGAAUGAUGACAGAUCUAAUGCUGUAUCAAGUUCACCUGCAACAGAAACAGUUCAUCAUUCCCCUGCAUAUUCUUUUCCUGCUGCUAUCCAGAGAAAUCAACCCCAGCGCCCUGAAAGCUUCCUUUUCCGAGGAGCUGUCAGGGGAGAAACAAAUAAAGGUCAUACUUCAUCCCUUCUGUCAUCUACUGCACCUACCACUGAUUCAGCAGAUUCUGUAGCAAGGCAAAAUUCAAGACAGAGAGAAGAAGAGCUGGAGUUAAUAGAUCAGCUACGGAAACAUAUUGAGUACCGGUUGAAAGUAUCUCUGCCUUGUGAUCUUGGAGCAGCUCUAACUGAUGGGGUUGUCCUUUGCCAUUUGGCCAAUCAUGUGCGGCCUCGAUCUGUCCCAAGUAUUCACGUUCCCUCGCCAGCUGUCCCUAAAUUAACAAUGGCAAAAUGUAGGCGAAAUGUGGAGAAUUUCCUGGAAGCUUGCAGAAAAAUUGGUGUGCCUCAGGAGCAAUUAUGCUUGCCUCUCCACAUUUUAGAAGAGAAAGGUUUGAGCCAGGUUGCAGUGACGGUCCAGGCUCUCCUGGAACUUGCCCCACCCAAGCAGCAGCAGCACCAGUUUUCUGCUGUGUAAGGACUCCCAGCACCUUGGGCACUGGCCUGGCCAAACCGGAACAGGACCACGUGACUGCUGCUGCCAGCCAUCUGCUUAACAAAGCGCUUAUGUGUUCUUAAAAGGGACUGUUUCCAUGAUUCCUAACAGGAAUGUUUUGCUUCAUUUCUCCAUUUUAGGGGAGGUUAUAUCCAUUUUCAUUGAAUUGUUUAUGAAGACAUGGUUGGUUUUUGCAAAUGAAACUUAAUUCUGUCGUUACUAAGAACCCAACACUGAAGCCUAGCCUGGCUGUGCUUCCCUCUCAGAGAGUAGGUUUUUUCACACAUUGAAGACUAUCUUCUCAGAAGGAUAUUUGCCUCCCUUGAAGGCAUAGACAUGCUGUUUCCGAGCCUUCUAGAGUCUACUGGUUUCUAAAUAGAGUUAUUCAUUAGAAUCUCCUGGAGAAUUUGUUAAAAAUACAGAUUCUUAUUCAGUAGGUUUAGAGGCCUGGGUUUCCACAUUUCAGCAAACAUUUCAGGUGUUUCAUGAAGUGAAGACCACUGUUCCAAGCUAGGUAUUUGUGUCAGUUGGAGAAAUAAUGACUUCACUGUGUUUUUCAGUCACAUUUAAAGUCAAAAGCUGUAUUAGGACUAUUUGGACUAUUCUGUCCAAUGUAAAACAAAAAUAAUGUAGAAGAUUUUGCAUAGUAAAACAGUGAAAUACAUACCAUUGUAUUUAAGGCCAGUGUCCUAGGCCUCCCCCCAGCUCUAGUCCACCACCACUUAAGAGGAUGGUUCGUGUAACAUGCCACUAUUAUCCAAACAUAAUCACGCACUCUACACACAGGGUCCUCACCUUCAGGCUGGCAGCAUGUGGCACUCUGCAUCCUGUGUGUUGACUUCAUUGAGCCCUUCACUCUUUACCCCCAUGCUAUUCUCAGGAUACCUGGACCUGCAAACACCUUCCAGUCACAGCUGAUACACUUCUAGCUCCCCAACUAAUGGAUGAUUAUGAAAAUAAAGGAAAAGCCAGGUUUCUUAGAUUUCUUUCACAUAACUGCCAGUUUCCGUGGCUGAAUUAAAGCACUUGUGGCAUCUUAAAAACAGCUUGCUGUCUUUUCAUCUAGCCAUCUAGCUCCCCCACUAGUGCCUUAUUUACUCAAUUGUGGGUGCAGUUAAAGAGCCCAAGGGCUUAGGCAACACAAAGCCAGGAGCCUUUAUUCAAGUCUAAGCCACUUGGGUCUAUUUUCCCCUGUAUUUUGAGACCCUUUUAGUUGUCAGUGAUAUCUUUUGGUAUUCACUGCCUUUGUAAACUAAGCAAAUAGAGUAGGUGAAGAUAUUCGUUAUCUAGGCUUUUUCCUGUUAAUUGUUCUGGAGCUUUUUUUUUUUUUUUUUUUUUAACCACUGCAUGCAUGCGAGCAUAAAAUGUUCUUUUUAUCAUGUAGCAGCAUCUAAAAGUACCUUUGGAUAAAAUCAUGUUGAGUAUCUGGUCAAAAUAAUGUUUUUUCCUUAUCACAGGUUUAAAAUUAUAUAACACAGAACAUCUGAGCUCAAAGCCCAAUCCUUUAGGAUAAAUGUGUUUUAAGUGCCGUGAGCCAGACCCCUUUGUAUUUAUAGUUCCAAACAGACCCACCAAUCAUACGACUUGUUCAGAAUUUAGCUGUGUAUAUUUUUAAAUUAUAGGUGUUCUUACUUCUAGUCAACAUUAAACCUCAGUACAAUCUGCAAACUAUAAAGAGCCAUUUGAAAUGAAGCUCAGCGGAGUUCCCGUCGUGGCACAGUGGAAAUUAAUCCAACUAGUGACCAUGUGGUUGCCGGUUCAAUUCCUGGCCUCGAUCAGUGGGUUAAGGAUAUGGCAUUGCCAUGAGCUGUGGCGUAAAUUGCAGAGGCGGCUCAGAUCCUAUGUUGCUCUGGCUGUGGUGUAGGCUGGCAGCUGUAGCUCCAAUUUGACCCCUAGCCUGGGAACUUCCAUAUUCUGUGGUUGCAACCCUAAAAACCAAAAAAAAAAAAAAAAAGAAAGAAAUGAAACUCAGCAAAGGACAGGACUAAUCCCAGUCAAUGUACAUAAUGCAAUAUUUGGAACAUUUUUGACUAGUUUUUCCAUAGAAGUAAUUGGAAUUUUCAACUUCAAAUUUUAUACAUAGCAUGAAAUCUUAUAUAUUUUUAUUAAACUAAUUCAAAUUUAUAUUUGAAUUGUUAGAAAAUAUUUGUGUACAGUUUGGGUUGAUAAUAAAAGAAAAAUAUAAAAUAUAUUGAAUGUCUCUUCUGUGUCAAGAUGCAAAAACAAGUCAUGAUGUUUUGUUGGAAAAUUUUUGUAUUCAGUGUUUUUUAUGUACUUUUUUUGUUGUUUUAACUGGAAAGAAAAUUUAACAUUUAGCCUUGCUAAACUCUAACAAGAUGAAGAUGACUUUGUAACAGUUCCACCUGAUCAUUUAUGAGCUUCCUACUGAAGCACGAAGCAGCGAGCUUCCCAGCGCUGAAGCGGGAAUAAAGAAAAAGCUAAGUGCCCGCCUACUAGGGCCCCUGCCAACUGUGGAGAUUUUAAGCCAUCAGGUUUCUAAGCUUUCAAAAUCCUGUUUGCUUAGCACUCCAAACCAGUUUCCUCUGGCAACAGCUUAUGGGAGUAGGGGCCUCUGUAUUCAACUGAAAUAGAGCAGGACACUUAGUAGGUCACUUUCCUUAACAGGCUUUGAAAAUACAGCCUUACAGCUAAUCAAGGAGUGUGAUUUUCGUACUUGAUAACAGGUCAGCAAUGACUAGUGAUCUGUGACUAUGCUGGUGAAUAUGAUGAAUUUUUAAAAACUAAGCGCUUAAAAGCUUAUAUAAAAUGAAGGAAAACAUGGAUAUUUAGAAACCUUUUUAUAUACAUGUUGCAGUAAGAUGGUUUACAGCAGAUUUCAUUUUAUUUCCGGAAAUGUUGUAAACAUGUAAUUAGUAAAAGAUUUUGUAAAACAUUGUCUUAUAUUUGUAUGUCUGUAAAUAUGCAUAAGUUCUAAGAAUAAAUAUGUCAAUAUCAUGUAUGUUAUUUUAAAUUGCCUGUAUGCCACCUUCCACAUGACAUUAAAAUAAAAGCCAACACUUCCAUAGGAUGAAAUAAAGGUCGGCUUGAAAAUGUU